AACGACGACCAUCCAUUGAUUUAACACUCCCUAUUGUUUUACCAAAGUCUAUAUCCAUACCCGACUUAUCUCCAAGCAACAUGAAGCCUCCAAAUUUCAAUCUUGAAUCAGAAGACGAGUCCGAGGUCAGCAACUGCCCAGUGGGUUCAAACAUAUCCGUCCAAGAAAUUCAUCCGGGUCCUUCCCUUAAUAUUCAGCAGGAAUCAGUUCCUGUUACUCGUGACUUGAUUCUUGGCUUCAACAACAGUGACUCCGAGUUGAAAGCCAACAGAGAGGCAAGUGAAGAAGUAGUACCCCAUCCUCCAACGGUAGCACUAUCCAGAGUUUUCUUGUGCAAUUUCUGCAAGCGCAAGUUUUACGGCUCACAGGCGUUGGGCGGACACCAGAACGCACAUAAGAGAGAGAGGACUUUAGCUAAGAGGGCGAUGCGGAUGGGAAUGUUAUCCGACAGGUAUGCUAGCUUAGCAUCAUUGCCCCUUCACGGGGCAACAUUUCAAUCUCUUAGUGUUGAAGCUCAUGCUUCUGCACACCAACGCGUCUCACACCAAGAAACGCCUAUUCAUGCAGUUAGAAGUGGGGCGAGAUUUGAACAAGGCUGUUUCGGGAUGCCAGUAUUCGUGGAGGAUGAUGAAGUGGAGAUGUUCUGGACCGGUAGCUUCCGAAAAAUUGGAAUUGGUGGUAAUAUGGGGUAUAAUUCAGGGCAAAGUUCAAGCAUAAAUUUUGUAGCUGUAGCUCCUCAAACUAGGACAGAUCCAACAUUGCCUGAUCUUAAUUUGAAACUUUGAUGGUCUCUCUUUUUUUUUGCAUUCUAUUCUACUUUUUUGUAUCAGAAUUUUCAUAAUUGUGGUAUUGCAUUAGUGCUCUAUUUGUACAGGAGGUGAAUAUUUGAGACUGUCUUGAGCUUUCAAUUUUGAAUCUUUUUCAUUCCCAAAUUUGUUUAGU